AUGUUGAAGCUAUUAGAAAAUCUUGAUUAAUUUGGGGUGGCAUUUUAACCAAAUAUAAAGUACUCUAAAAAUUAACACAAAACAGUAAUCGGAGGCAUUAUGUCAAUUAUAUUGUAUGGUUUAAGUUUUGCUUAUUUAAUUUAUUUACUAACUUAAUGGAGUCAAGGAUAAACAUUACCAAAAAUUACAAAUACUUAAAGAAGCAUUAAAAAUUAUGAAUAUAAAUUGAAUGAAACUUAUGUAUAAUUUGAAACAAGAAAGCUUUCUUAAACAUUUAUUGAUCCAUUUGAUCCUAAUGCUAUAGUAUUAUAACCUGUUGUUUAUACUUUUAAAAAUGGACUGAUUAUUGAUGAACCUUAAGCAGUCAAUUAUCCAGUUUAAAUAAAAGAAGGAUUUAUUGUAUUGAAUAUAUCCAAUUUAUCACUUUCAAUAAGUGAUGAGAAAUCAGAUCAAGCACCAGAGAUUGAAGUAAUGAUAGCUUUAGGAAAGUGUUAAAAGCGCUUUUUAUUAGAAGGACAAUAAUGUGCAAAUCAAACUAUAACAGAUGGCUAUUUCUAAUAACCUACAAAUUCUCUUCUUCUCAGAUAAUUUGUUAAAGAGUUUAAUACAAAUGAUGAAAUAUUAGAAACUAUUGGAAGAGAAUAAUUGAUAUCUAUUUAACAAAAUUACACAUUUUAAAUUUAAACCUUUAUUAGAAUGUAAGAGACAAAUGUUGAUACAGGAUUUUUAUUUGAAUAGAUGCAAAAAUAUAAUUUUAUUGUAGAUUAUAGAGGUAGUAAUGCAAUAUUAGGUUUAAAUUAUUUUGGUUAGAUUUUAAGUUAUAAUAUAUAUAUGUCCUUAUACUACAAAAUAGAUAAUAUUUAAUAAAAGCAAAUAAUUAUAUAUCCUAAAUUAAGUGAAGUUUUGGCAGAAGCAGGUUCUAUAGCAUCUACUAUAUUAUUGAUAUCCUAUUUAGUUAUUAUUUUAAAUGAGAAUCAAUUAUAUUAAGAUGCAAUUAAUUAAGUAAUAUCUUUAUAUUUUCCUGAUUUUGCUUCAAUUAAAAUUAAGAAGAAUAUCUUAGGUUAAAUUAUAUAAGUUGAAAGAGAUGGUAAAUUAUUAGAUUUAAAUUCAUUUAAAAUUUAAUAUUCUAAAUUAAAAAGAAUAAGUGAAAUUAAAUUAUCAAUUUCAAAUCAAAUAUAUGAAAUAUCAAGGAUUUAAAUAAUAUUGUAAACUAUCUUUUCAUCUUAAUUUAUAAAUCAAUCCCAUUAAAAAGGGAUUCCACUUUAAACUUCAUAUUUAGAACCUUUUAAAGAUGAAUAGUAAAGUAUAAUUAAGAUGGAUGUGAAUACUAAUUAAGAAAAUCUUCUUAAAUAAAAUUAAAUUGUAAUAACAAUAAUAUUAAAUAGGUACCUGCUUCUAUAGAUAGUUUAAUUGAAAAGAAGAUCUCAUAAGAUGAAUCAUAAUAGAAAUAAUAACCAUGUUAAUAAGAUACUUCUUAAGGUGAGAUGUGUCAUUAAUUAAAUUAAAGGGAUUAAAUUAAAAAAUCUUAUGAUAUUAUACUAUAAGAAUCUGAUUUUGAAUUAUUGAUUCUGCAAAAUCGAGAUUAGAAUGAUUAAGAUAACAAAAUUAAAUGA